AUGAGGACCCUCGCCCUCCUCGCUGCCCUUCUUCUCUUGGCCUAUCAGACCCAGGCUGUGACCCUGGGAGAGAGAGAUGACCAGGUUCCUGCCCUGGACCAGACUGGGGCUGAGGUCCAGGACUUGACCAUUUCCUUUGCAGGGGAUGAACGUUCCACUCGAGACGCUUCAGACCGUAAGAGAAAACUAAAAUGCAAGUGCAAAUUAAAGUUUUCCGAUUCUUGAGCAUCAGUCGUGGACCUGUAACAGUACCAUCACUGGCGCCCUCUACAGGCUUUGCUGUCAUCUCUGAGCUUUAUGGAUUGAGACCCAAACCAGUCGGGAUUCCAUUUGAAGACCUGAAGAGGGGUUUUCUCUUUGUACUUUUUUCCUUUUCUUAUUUCUCUCUCCAAAAUAAACUUCAAGCAUUGAA